AUGAAAUUCUCCGUCUCUUUGUGCUUCUUGGUCUUCUUUUUUCUUGAAACUUCUGCAUUUGAUGAUGAUGCUUUGUCUUUCCUUCAUUAUUAUAGAAGCUGCCCAGAUGUUGAAAAAAUAAUCCACAAUAAAGUCAAACAAUGGGUUGCCAAAGAUUACACACUUGCUCCUGCCCUCAUGAGGUUGCACUUCCACGACUGUGCUGUUAGGGGAUGUGAUGCCUCAGUUCUUUUGAACCAUCAAGGAAGUGAAAGAAGGUCUAAUGUGAGCAAGUCAUUGAGAGGAUUUGAAGUGAUUGAUGAUAUCAAAGCAGAGAUUGAGAAGAAGUGCCCUAAGACCGUCUCCUGUGCUGACAUUCUCACUGCUGCUGCUAGAGAUGCAACAGUUUUAGCUGGAGGUCCAUUCUGGCAGGUCCCAUAUGGGAGGAAAGAUGGACGAGUUUCCAUUGCCAAGGAAGCUGAAAUGGUUCCCAUGGGCCACGAAAGAGUCACCGAUUUGAUCGAAUUUUACCAGUCCAAGGGACUGAAUAUACUGGACUUGGUUGCCCUCUCAGGAGCUCAUACAAUUGGAAGAAGCACAUGCGGAUCCCUGCAGUUCAGAUUGUUCAACUACAUGGGAACUGGAAAGCCUGAUCCAACCAUCAACCCCAAGUAUCUAAAUUUCUUGAGGAGAAAAUGCAGAUGGGCAUCAGAAUACGUAGACCUUGAUGCCACCACCCCUAAGACCUUUGAUGUUCAGUACUUCAAGAAUGUUCAGAAUAAGAUGGGGCUCCUAAAAACUGACCAAAUCCUCUAUUCUGAUUCAAGGACAGCCCCUCUUGUGAAUGCAUUGGCUUCCCAAACUCAUGUCUUUCACCAUCAGUUUGCAGCAUCCAUGGUGAAACUUGGGAAUAUUCAAGACUAUUUGAGUGCUGAUGACGGUGAAAUUAGAGUGAAUUGCAACUAUGUCAAUGCUUAA